AUGUCGGUCAUUCUGUGUACUGCGGGCUAUGACCACACAAUUCGCUUCUGGGAGGCGCUCUCCGGCAUCUGCUCUCGGACGAUCCCGCACCCCGACUCGCAAGUCAACCGCCUAUGCAUUUCACCAGACAAGCGCUUCCUCGCCGCAGCGGGCCACCACACGGUCAAGCUAUACGAGAUCAAGUCGACGAACCCGAAUCCCGUGCUCACCUUUGAGGGCCACACAUCAAACAUCACGGGCGUUGCUUUCCACUGUGAGGGCAAGUGGAUGGUGACGAGCUCCGAGGACGGCACAGUCAAGAUCUGGGACACGCGCUCGGGCAGCGUCCAGCGCAACUACACACACGGAGUCCCUGUUAAUGAUGUCGUCAUCCAUCCGAACCAGGGCGAGCUCAUUAGCUGCGACCGCGGCGGCAACGUGCGCAUCUGGGACCUCGGCGAGAACAAGUGCUCGCACCAGCUGAUACCCGAGGACGAUGUAUCCGUCGCCAGCGUCACCGUUGCGAGCGACGGCUCGAUGCUGGUCGCCGGCAACAACAGCGGCAAGGUCUACGUCUGGCGCAUGGUCCAGCGCGGCGAAGUCACCUCGCUCGUGCCCGUCUGCACCUUCGUCGCCCACCAGACCUACAUCACCCGCGUGCUGCUCUCCCCCGACGUGCGCCACCUCGCGACCUGCAGCGCCGAUCACACCGCCCGCAUCUGGUCCAUCGACACGUCGCAGCCGCACAACGUGACGGUUCAGGACAAUCUGCCCGGUCCCGCCGAUCGCGACGCCAACGCCUUCCCCCUCGAGACUACCCUCCACGGCCACCAGCGUUGGGUCUGGGACUGCGCCUUCUCCGCCGACUCGGCGUACCUGGUGACUGCAUGCUCCGAUCACUAUGCGCGGUUAUGGGAGCUGAACAGCCAGAGUAUCAUAAGGCAAUACAACGGACACCACCGCGGUGCCGUGUGCGUCGCGCUGAACGACACUGCUGUUGGUAACUAG